AGCGCCUCGAAUCUGAGCCCUGGGGAGCAAAGACCCCUUUCCAGCGGCCCGGCUGUGCCGACCUCCUCGGCAGACGGCGAGAUUUCUCUGCUCACGGGCAGCGAGAGCAGCAGCCGAACCCGGCGGAUCACGCCCCACCGUCCACUCCCUCAAAACCACCCCCACUACCAUACCGUUCGCUCACCUCCCCCACCACUCUCAUUCACCUCUGUUCCUCCUCAUUCUCUCCCCACGCACCCUCUUCACACACUCCUCCUCACUCCCUACCUUCACCUCCCUCCACGUCUAAUCCUCCACUCCCAACCUCUUGCUCUGACUACUCCUCACUUUCCCCUUCUCUUAACCCCUCGCAUCACACACCCUUUCACUCGCUCCCCAUCUCUCCCUGUGUCUCGCCUUUCCCCACCUUUCUCUGGCACAACUCCCUGUCAUCCCUCGCCACCUGUCUCCUGUCUCUCAUCCAUCUCUCUCUCCCUCUGUCCCUUCUUCUUCCACGUGGAUCCCCAGUCUCUCCCUCCCUCCCAGACCCUUUACCGCUCCCUCUCUUCUCACUCCUUAGUGGGCCGCCCCUCCUGUUUCCAUCCCUCCUUGCUUUUUUCAUGGACCAUUCAUCCCCGCCCUCCCUGCUCGCUUGCUGACCCUUGACCCUUGACCCAUCCUCUUUCUCUGCCCAACUCCCACAGGCCUCGGACGAUGCUGCAGGCUGCCUGCCACCUUGGCCGCUGAUCCCGCCCGCUCUCCCAUGGGCCGCGACGGUACGUACUGUGGCCUGGCGGGCUCCCCGCCAGCGGCCGGCGGCCGGAGACAGUGCAGGGAGGGCCGGGGGUCCAGCGGGCGUCGCAAGCAGCGUUACGUGGAGAAGAACGGCAAGUGCAACGUGCAACACGGCAACGUGCUGGAGACAUACCGCUACCUGACCGACAUCUUCACCACGCUGGUGGACCUGCGCUGGCGGGUCAGCUUGCUGGUCUUCGUGCUGGCCUACACAUUGACCUGGCUCUCGUUCGGCCUCGUCUGGUGGUUGCUCGCUUACUGCCGCGGUGACCUGGAGCACUUGGGCGACAAGGCCUGGACACCGUGCGUGCACAACCUCAACGGCUUCGUCUCUGCCUUCCUCUUUUCCAUCGAAACGGAGACCACCAUCGGGUACGGCUUCCGGGUGAUUGCUGACUCGUGCCCGCAGGGAAUCGCCCUGCUCCUCCUCCAGGCCAUCCUGGGCUCCAUGGUCAAUGCCUUCAUGGUGGGCUGCAUGUUUGUCAAGAUCUCGCAGCCCACCAAGCGCGCCGAGACGCUGGUUUUCUCUGACCGGGCGGUGGUGUCCCUGCGGGACGGCUGCCUCUGCCUGAUGUUCCGGGUGGGAGACCUCCGGCGCUCGCACAUCGUCGAGGCCUCCAUCCGCGCCAAGCUGAUCCGCUCGAAGCAGACAGCUGAGGGCGAGUUCAUCCCCCUCGACCAGACCGAAGUGGGCGUGGGCCUGGAGACCGGUGAUGACCGCCUCUUCCUCGUCUCGCCCCUCAUCAUCUGCCACGAGAUUGACUCCCGCAGCCCCUUCUGGGAGAUGAGCAAGGAGCGGCUGCAGGCCGAGGACUUCGAGAUCGUGGUCAUCCUGGAGGGAAUGGUGGAGGCAACAGGGAUGACAUGCCAGGCACGGAGUUCGUACCUGUGUGAGGAGGUGUUGUGGGGCCACCGCUUCACCUCGGUGUUGUCGCUGGAGGACGGCCACUACCAGGUGGACUACAGCAUGUUCCACCAGACCUUCGAGGUGUCCACCCCCACUUGCAGCGCCCGCGAUCUGGCCGAGCGUCAGGCCGAGGCCGAGGCACAGCUCUACUGGUCCGUCACUCGGCCCCCGAGGCUGAGGAGCUCCCAGCUGGAGGAGGGAGCCCUCCCUGCGUCCGUGACGGCCGAGGGCGAGAAGGAAGGGAAAGGGGAUGUGACCCAGCAACCCAACGGCAGCCUCAAUGAGUCUGCCUUGUGACGACCAACCGUAGGAGGCCGAUGGCGACACAUUGAGAAAUCGGUGUGGUGGGAGAGGGGGUCAGCAGGCCAUGGUGGGGUGUAGGGAGAUGGCAUGGCACCAUCUGAUGGGAAUAGAGCAACACCAGGUUUAAUCCCAACACCACCGGAUAAGGGAGUUUGUCCCACCUCCUGCCACCUCACCGGACAGGGUCAGCUCGUCCCACCUCGUCCCACCCCAUCCCACCUCGUCCCCCACUGUCUCACCCCAUCCCACCUCACCGGACAGGGUCAGCUCGUCCCACCUCGUCCCACCCCAUCCCACCUCGUCCCCCACUGUCUCACCCCAUCCCACCUCACCGGACAGGGUCAGCUCGUCCCACCUCGUCCCACCCCAUCCCACCUUGUCCCCCACUGUCUCACCCCAUCCCACCUCACCGGACAGGGUCAGCUCGUCCCACCCCAUCCCACCUCGUCCCCCACUGUCCCACCUCGUCCCACCCCAUCCCACCUCACCGGACAGGGUCAGCUCGUCCCACCCCAUCCCACCUCGUCCCCCACUAUCCCACCCCAUCCCACCUCACCGGACAGGGUCAGCUCGUCCCACCCCAUCCCACCUCGUCCCCCACUAUCCCACCCCAUCCCACCUCACCGGACAGGGUCAGCUCGUCCCACCUCGUCCCACCCCAUCCCACCUCAUCCCACACCGUCCCACCUCAUCCCACCUCACCGGACAGGGUCAGCUCGUCCCAUUUCGUCCCACCCCAUCCCACCUCACUGGACAGAGAAAGCUUGUCCCACACCGUCCCACACUGUCCCACACUGUCCCACCUCGACCCACACUGUCCCACCUCGACCCACACUAUCCCACACCGUCCCACCUCGUCCCACCUCGUCCCACACCGUCCCACCUCGUCCCACACUGUCCCACACCCUCCCACCUCGCCCCACACCGUCCCACACCCUCCCACCUCGUCCCACACCAUCCCACCUCGACCCACACUAUCCCACACCCUCCCACCUCGUCCCACACCCUCCCACCUUGUCCCACACCCUCCCACCUCGUCCCACACCCUCCCACCUCGUCCCACACCGUCCCACCUCGUCCCACACUGUCCCACACUGUCCCACACCCUCCCACCUCGCCCCACACCGUCCCACACCCUCCCAUCUCGUCCCACACCGUCCCACACUGUCCCACCUCGACCCACACUAUCCCACACCCUCCCACCUCGACCCACACCGUCCCACCUCGUCCCACACCCUCCCACCUCGUCCCACACCGUCGCACCUCAUCCCACACUGUCCCACACCGUCCCACCUCGUCCCAUACCAUCCCACCUCAUCCCACACCAUCCCACCUCGUCCCACACUGUCCCACACCAUCCCACCUCACAGGACAGAGGGAGCUUGACCCACUUCAUAUCACCUCACUGGACAGGGUGACCUCGUCCCAUUUCAUCCCAACUAAUCCCACAUUGUCCCACCUCACUGGACAGAGGGAGCUCGUCCCAUUUUGUUCCCUCUCAAUCCGGGACUGGCUGAGAAGGUUAAACUACAGACAUGCUGCAGAUGCUGAAAAUCUUCAGCAACACACCCAAAAUGCUGGAGGAACUCAGCAGGUCAGCACCAUCUAUGGAGGGGAAAUUGUGAGGCCAACUCAGGGUGGAGGUGCAACACAUCGUAUUCGAUCAGGGUGAGGGGCAACACCUCGUAUUCGAUCAGGAUGGAGGGGCAACACAUCGUAUUCGAUCAGGGUGAGGGGCAACACCUCGUAUUCGAUCAGGAUGGAGGGGCAAUACCUGGUAUUCAAUCAGGGUGAGGGGCAACACCUCGUAUUCGAUCAGGGUGAGGGGCAACACCUCAUAUUCGAUCAGGGUGGAGGGGCAACACCUCGUAUUCGACCAAGGUGGAGGGGCAACACCUCGUAUUCGAUCAGAGUGGAGGGGCAACACCUCGUAUUCGACCAAGGUGCAGGGGCAACACCUCGUAUUCGAUCAGAGUGGAGGGGCAACACCAUGUAUUCGAUCAGGGUGAGGGGCAACACCUCGUAUUCAAUCAGGGUGAAGGGCAACACCUCGUAUUCGAUCAGGGUGGAGGGCAACACCUCGUAUUCGAUCAGGGUGGAGGGGCAACACCUCGUAUUCGAUCAGGGUGAAGGGCAACACCUCGUAUUCAAUCAGGGUGAAGGGCAACACCUCGUAUUCGAUCAGGGUGGAAGGGCAACACCUCGUAUUCGAUCAGGGUGGAGGGGAACACCUCGUAUUCGAUCAGGGUGGAGGGGCAACACCUCGUAUUCGACCAAGGUGGAGGGGCAACACCUCGUAUUCGACCAAGGUGGAGGGGCAACACCUCAUUCGUUCAGGUUAGCCAACCUGAUUACCCUAACCCAGCAUUUUGUCCCCCUUCCUCCUCUUUGCUCCAUUCCCCAUUCUGAUUCCCCUCUCACCCUUUCUCUUCCCCGUACCUGUCCAUCGCCUCCCUCUGGUACCCCUCCUCCUUCCUUUUAUUCCAUGAUCCUCUGAUGUCUCCUAUCAGAUUCGUUCUUCUCCAGCUCUUUACCUUCCACAUAUCACCUCCCAUGAGAGACACAAUCCCAUGUUUCUCAGAUUCCACCAGCAGCUCUCGGGUCCUCGGAGACUCCAUCUUCCUCUCACCCCUGAACACCCCAAACCUCCCUUCCCCUCAGACACUACCAACCCCUUCGCCCUCCAAUCCCAACUCUCAUCCAUGCUGGGUUUUCACAGUUCCCUGCGACCUUCCCCUCUCUGAGGCAGAAGGUUCUGUCUUCAGUAAGGGCUUCACCUUUGUCCCGCUGUGCCCACUCCUCAGUGAGUUCUGCACCCGCCAUGACACUGAGGUCGUCUUCCACCCCCUCCAUCUCUGAACCCAUGUCUUUAGCAAGGACUCCCCAUCCAGUAACGAUGACCCCUUCUCCCAGCUUCAACACUGUUCCUCUUCCUGGACACCACGUCCUGAUCUUCUGCCCAUCUGGACAUUUUCAUUGCCAACUGCGGACAGGACAUUAACCAUCGAGACUUUAAUAUCCCUCUCUCCUAUUCCAACCUCAUUCCUUCCAGACACUCUGCUCUCUACUCCCUCCGCCAAUCCUAACCUCACCAUCAAAACUGCAGAUAAGGGAGUUGCUUUAGUAACCUGGUGUACUGACCUAUACCUUGCUGAAGCUCAGCACCAACUCUCAAACACCUUCUCUUACUUACCCCUCGAACAGGGCCCCACUAAGGAACAUCAAGCCAUGGUCGUCCACACCAUCACCAACCUUAUUGACUCUGGGAAUCUCCCAUCCACUGCCACCAACCUCAUAGUUCCUGCACCCUGCAUCAUUUCUACCUCCUACCCAAAAUCCACAAAUAUGCUUGUCCUGGUAGACCCACUGUUGCAGCUUGUUCCUGCCCCACUGAACUCAUAUUGGCUUACAUCAACUCUGUUUUAUGCCCCCAAGUUUAGUCCCUUCCUACCUGCAUCCGUGACUCUUCACAGGCUCUGGAUCUUUUCAAUGAUUUCAAUUUCUCUGGCCCCCAUCAUCUCACUUUCACUAUGGAUGUCCAGUCCUUUCCACCUCCACCCCCCACCAGGAAGGCCUCAAAGCUCUUUAUUUUUUUCUGGACACCACACCUAACCAGCUCCCUUCCACCACCAGUCUCCUUCACCUAGCAGAACUUGUCCUUAUUCUAAAUAAUUUCCUUUGGCUUCUGCCACUUCCUUCAAACAAAAGAGGUAGCUAUGGACACUCGCAUGGGUCCCAGCUACAGCUCCCUGUUUGUCGGCAACAUGGAACAGUUUAUGUUCCACGCCUACACUGGUGACCGUCCCACACUUUUCCUACGCUACAUCAACGGCUGCAUUGUUGCUGCUUCCUGCACCUGGGCUGAACUUGUCGACUUCAUCCACCUUGACUCUAAAACCCACCCUGCUUUCAAAUUCACCUGUUCCAUUUCCAACAUCUCCCUUCCUUUCUCGAUCUCAUGGUCACUAUCUCCAGGGACAGCUUUUCCACUGAUGUCUGUACGAAACCCACGGACUCUCACAGAUACCUGGACUACACCUCGUCCCGCCCUGCUACUUGUAAAAGUGCCAUGCCCUUCUCUGAAUUCCUCCAACUCUGCUGCAUCUGCUCUCUGAAUAAGGCUUUUCAUUUUAGAAUGAAGGAGCUGGCUUCCUUUUUACAAAGAAGAGGGCUUCCCUUCCUCCACCAUCAACGCUGCCCUCAACCGCAUCUCUUCCAUUUCAGCAUGUCUGCUCUUACCCUAUCCUCCUACCACACCAGCAGGGGAAGGGUUUCUCUUGUCCUUACCUUCCACCCACCAGCCUCCCCAUCCAGUACAUAAUAGUCCAUAACUUCCGCCAUCUCCAACGGGAUCCCACCACCAAGCAUGUCCUAAACAACUUCCUUGUUCAUUUGUCCCUCCCCACUGAUUUCCCUCCUGGCACUCAUCCUUGCAAAUGGAACAAGUGCUUCACCUGCCCCUACACCACCUCCCUCACUACUAUUCAGGGUUCCAAACAGUCCUUCCAGGUGAGGCGACACUUCACCUGUGAGUCUGUUGGGGUAAUUUACUGUGUUCAGUGCCUGCUGUCUAUCAGUGAGACCCAGCACAGACCACUUUGUGAGGGUCUUCGCUCCGUCUGCCAGGGAAAACAGGAUCUCCUGGUGGCCACUCAUUUCAAUUCCUCUUCCCAUUCCCAAUCCGACUUAUCAGCCCAAGGCCUCCUCCACUGUCGUGAUGAAGCCACACUCAGACUAGAGACGCAACUCCUGAUGACAUGAACGUUGAUUUCUUGAACUUCCGGUCAUGUCCCCGCUUCACUAUUUCCCUCUCUCAUCUUCCCUGCCCAUUUCCUCUCCCCUUUUUCUUUCCUGUCUGGCCUUCUGUCAUCUCCUGUCAGAUUCCCCCUUCUCUGGCCUGUUAUCUCUUUCACCAAUUAACUUCCCAGUUCUUUACU